UGGCUGAAUUCUCACGACGCGUCUAUCUUUCCCUCACCACCGCGAGGAGACAUAUCACGGGAGGCUGUUGGGAACAGGUAAAAGGGCUUGACAUGCCGAAGUGACUCACGGUUUGUCUUCCUAUACAAUAAUCUCUUAACAAUAGUCUCCCAACAAUAAUCUCCUGCAUAUAUAAGCUGCUGCUUUACUAUACUUAGUGUCUUCUUGCCAUGGCAUCGCGAGACCCCUCCGCAACGACCACAAGGGCCCGUAAAAGCAACGGUCGCAAAGGGAAUUCGAGAAUCGGCGCUUCCGUUACAAAUGACGACGUUUUCCAAAGUGGCGCAGCCAAUGUUCGUCGUAGCCGACCGACCCAGCUGUCGACCCCAAAGCCAGCAGCGUCAAACUUGAAGAUUCCUGAGAGCAAACCGCCUACUACGUCCUCUUAUCUACCAACACCCAGGGUCACCCCAUCGGCCUCUUCUCGUGCAGGAUUUCCUGCGACUCCAACUCCCUCGUUUAAAGGUGCCAGAACCUUGACAAAGGCCGAAGUUGGCGAUGAGUGGGACGAGAUACGCCCAGCAUUCCCGACACCACCUCGCUUUCUCGGGCCAAAGACAAACAGGGCCUCCAGUUAUGCAUCGUCCUCAGCCAAUCUUUUCGGCGUAGACGCGUCAAAAUUGGACUGGGACGAUCCCAAACCAAUUAGCGUGUCUACCACCGGCGACGCCAAAUACCCAAAGUUCCCACCCUUAUCCACUCCUCAGAGUCGCCCGUCGACCGGCUUGCAGACACCUGCGAGCUCUUCCCGGAAGAACGGUGGCCGAUUUGUCUCUGCUCGGCCAUCAGCAGCAGCCACAGCUUCAGCUUCACCCUCUCAGCGUCGAGCAACAGCGCCGGCUGCUUCCUUUCCAACGUCUCCCCCCAGUAAACGCCCACCAGCGAAGAAACCUGAGACAGAGCCACAAUCCAUUCCAAUCCCGGCUGAGUGGACUAAGCGUACCGAGCCACUCCGCCCUGACUUCAGCAUAGACCUUCGGCCCCAUCAGGAGAUAUCUCGCGUAUGGAUGAACGAGUGUGAGACAAAGUACGGCGGUGGAAUCUUGGCCGACGAUAUGGGAUUCGGCAAGACACUCCAGGUUCUGGUAAGGAUCAUUGAUAAUAUGAUGGACCCCAAGGCAACAUAUAAGGGCCCAACACUUAUUGUAUGCCCGGCGUCUGUGAUGCUUGUAUGGGAAUUGGAGUGUUUCCGUGUAUCUGGUUCUAGGAAGCUGAACUACUAUCUCUAUCAUGGAAGUAGUAGAGAGCAAGAUCCCUCCAAGCUGAAGGCUUAUGACGUUGUGAUCACUUCGUACGACACACUGAGAUCGGAAUACGCGAAAAUCUGCAAGGUCGAAGAAAAGGGUAAGGGCAAGAGCAAGAGCAAGAAGUACAUCCCUGGCAAAACGGAGACCGGUCCUUAUGCUGUUCUUUGGAACAGGCUUGUUAUGGACGAAGCACAGAUGGUUCAUAACAACGAAACAAGAAGAUAUCUCUCGUGCUAUGGGUUGUCGUGUGGCUUUGUCUGGGCAGUGACAGGCACUCCUGUACAGAACAGGCUGCAGGACAUAUAUUCUCUUCUCAGUAUGUUACCAAAGCCGUUACAACCGACGGAGAUUCAAGCCCCGCCUCUUCCUCCCGGGCUUGCUCGUGGAGUUGUUAUACCGCCAGGUUUCAAGGAGGAGCUUCAUGCCUACUUGUACAAAGUCAUGCUCCGGCGGACGAAGAAAGACCAGUACUUGUGGGUUGAGCUUCCUCCCAUCGAGAUUAUCACCGUCGAGUGCCCGUUCAGCGAUGCUGAGGAGCAGUUAUACAACGCUGUGGAGGGGCGAAAGGGUGAUUUCAUAGUCUGGGGCAAAUAUGUACAACCGAUUACUUGUCCCUUGACUAAAUUGCUCCGGUUACUUCAAGCUUGCACCCACUCUGACACGCUCUGUAAGGACAUAGAUAAGAAGGACGACGAUGGCGUUCCUGUUGAUGGCGUCGAAGAUGACAUCAACCUUGCUGAUGUAAAUGAGCUGGUUGGAGAUGAUGUCUUCGAAACAUCGCGUCGAGAAACUCUCCGAAGCCAUCAGUCUAAACCUGAGGUGCUCGAUAUCCCCCCCAUCGAGUCGUAUCCCACGAAGGUAAUCGAGAUGCUCAGGAUUCUACGCGAGAUACGCCAGCGAAGCAGACGGACGAAAAUCAAGGAAAAGACAAUUGUGUUCUCUCAGUGGACGGGUGUUCUAGAUCGUCUUAAGCCGGUUCUUCUCAAGCAUCGCUUCAAGACUGUCAUGUAUGAUGGGCGCAUGGGUAAAGCUGGGAAAGACUUCGCGAUUCAAGAUAUCACUGUAGCAGAAUCUGAUACCGAUGUAAUGCUGGUAUCACUCAAGGCUGGCGGGACUGGCCUGAAUCUGGUUGCGUGUAACAACGUCAUCUUUAUGGACCUCUGGUGGAAUCCAGCUGUCGAGGAACAAGCUUUCAACCGGGUACACCGUAUUGGCCAGACAAAGCCUGUCCAGGUGUAUAAACUUGUCGUUCCCGAUACGAUCGAGGACAGCGUUCUUCGGAUGCAAGCAAAGAAGAGACGGCUUGCCAACGAAGUUCUUUCGGUUGCCGAUUUAUUGAACAAAGAUCUGUUACACGGACUUUGGGGCGUCAAUGAGGAAAAUCCGGUGUAGCCUUAGGUGUAUGUUUUUCUGUAAUCUUGCUUUUUAUGACUCCGUGUAGUAUACGAACGUUGUAUGAGGACUUGCUUAUUUAUUACAUUGUAGC